CACCACGUCUCUGACAAACGACAAGAGAAUCCACAGAAAAACGUAGCAUCAUAUAUGUUUCACUCUCGUAAAGUCGUGUUUUGAUGGCGGUAAUAUAGUAUUUGGCAGUUAUAGCUGCCAAAGUCUCGUAUAUAUUUAUUUGUUAAUGAAUAAUCGAACCGACGUAUAUGAUAAGGAUAAAAAAAGUUUGAUACCCGAUGUAAGUUACGUAUCAUUCGGGGAAUAUCAUCGACAAGUUAUUAUUUCGGAAUUCUAUAGCAAUCAGCCACAGAGUUGAGUCGUAUAGUGAAAUAAGUGCGACGCGACACAAUGAUUACGAGUGACGUUUUGGUGAAUUCGCUUCCGUGCGAAGUUCUAGAUCAAAUCUUGGAAAAUGAAGAUUUACAAAUAACGGACGUCGUGAAUUUCUCACUAACGUGCAAACAUCUCUACUGGACCGUGUCGGAGAGCAACAAAUUGUGGAGGACAAAAUUUUUGCAAAGGUGGCCCCAUUUACAAGAAGCUUUUGACGAGUUGCACAACACUGCGGAAGAAACAAAAAAUCCAAAUUGGCGCUACGAAACUAAAGAGCGCCUGUUGACUAGGAGACGGUUGCUGGAAAAAUUGUCUCGAAUGUCAGCCAAACAUUAUGGGAAAAUGGAACUCUCUGCUCCUGACAUGAAAGAAUACGAUCCAAUGUUCUUGACGGAGUAUGGUGCUAGGCUCAUGAGUUAUCAUUAUUUGGUGGACGAACUGAUUAUGCUCAUUGAACAACCCUUAGAGAUAUGCAACCUUACCCACAAGCACUAUGCAUACAAAGUAGUUACGUACCUCAAACAGACGUAUCUGGCCAAAGAGUGGGAAAAAUUUGUAGCUCUAUCGCCAGAGAAACAGACGAGCGAACGUGGUGCGAUUUUAGUUGCCCAAUGGAGUCAACCGGAAAAACGCGUUUCUCCUCGAAAAGUAUCGGAAAUGAUUGACGAUAUGGCUCAAAAAACUCGAAAUUUGAUCACCGAAAGUUAUCCGGAUAUACCUAUUAAUCUUGUGCCGCGUGAAACACUUGCAAGAUGGAAAACUGAAAAUCUUAAAGACAAUCAGUGGGACAACGAGUACUCGAGAACAAUAGUCUCUGCCCUGUGUAAAGUAAUGUUUCACGAUCUGGGCUUUCACGGAAACAGCGAAAUGUAUUAUUCUUCUAAAAAUUCCUUCAUCGACGAGGUGUUGAUACACAAGCAGGGUAUUCCUAUCACGCUGGCGAUAGUUUUCGAGAGCGCUGCGCGAAGACUCGGACUUCACUGCGAAACGGUCAGCUUUCCCGCUCAUUUCCUUCUCCGUUGGAAAGAGAGAUAUAUUCCCAGGACCAAAGAGGAUGAAGAGGUUGAGAGUUACUACAUCGACGUGUUCAACGGCGGUCAAUUUCUGACGAGAAACAGUUGUUCUGCUAUCGCUGGUGCCACGAGAUGUCCAAUUGAAAAGUACAACUUUCAUCGAACCACCAGCGCCGUUAAAGUCGUUCAACGAAUGGCUAAUAAUUUGGAAGUUGCCGGAAGGCAAAGAACUCAAUUGUACGGUCGAGCGGCCCGUUUGCGUUCGGCACUGGAACUCCUACAUCUCGUAAAGCCCCGCGAUACCAAUACAAUCAUUGAUCUCGGCCGUUUUUAUAUGCUUCACCAAAUGGACGUUACCGGACUGAUCGAAACACUCAAUGAUAUGCUGCUCAAUUCGAGUCAAGAGGAGCAAGAUUCAUUGGGUCAAGCCAAACAUAUAAUAGAAAUGCUGGAGGACUACGAAAAACGGAUAGAGCUCAAUUCACCAAAACCCAAAAAGAGAACUCCCGAAAUCAAAUACGCGGUUGGCAUGAUCAUGACCGACACAUUGAACCAUCGAUGCGUCAUAACUGGAUGGGACACGAAAUGGGAUAAAGCCCGCAGCAACGAGUAUACUCCGGAGUUGAUAAGCGCCUGGGUCCAUGGGAAUCAACAACCCUUUUAUUACAUUUAUGGCGAGAACGGCUCGUCUCGAUACGCUGCCCAAGAAAACUUGUUUAUCUCAAAUACACCGGCUGCGAUCAAUCAUCACGAGAUCGGUAAAAAUUUCUGUAAAUUCAUGAAAACGUAUUACAUGCCCAACGAGGAAAAGGCCCGAGAGUAUCCCGAAGAUGAAGAAUUUCGUGACAAAAUGCUUAGGAUUCUCUACAACGCAGCGCCGACCACCUCCUCUUCGUAGAAUAAAUAUUCGGAAAUUCUGUUGUCUCUAUUUGAUAAGAUUAUCGUUAGCUUCCGAAGCAACGAUAAUAAAUGAGAAAACGGAAAUCCGUGGUUCCUUACCGUCGCCGAAUUUGCCAGGACACAGUACAGAUCAACCGACGCGCCGCUACGAUUUAUUUCUUUCUUUUCACGUUGUUUAUAAUUGUUGACUUCAAUCCAAUCAUAUUUUUCCUUCUCCCGAUAUUUAUGCGAUCGGUCACAUCACUCGCAUUGGAGUUUAUCAGACUGUACAUAUAGAUUUUAAUAGAUACGGGGGAGGAGGAGCAGUGUGAACGGAGCGGAUCGUUUUUAAUAAUUUUUUACGACUCAAAUGUCAGAGAGUUGUGUUAUAAUACUGAGCGAGGUGGGCUAUGUCGGAGCGUGAAGUGGUUCGUAGAAAAAAAAGUAAUUAAAACGCAAUUGAUGAUUCUAAAUCAUAACGCUCCAUUUUCUAUUCUUCUUUUCCAAAGAGUAUACACCAUUAUCAUACAGAAAUAAAUAAUUCAAUAAUGGAGAA